AUGGCAGAGGCCCCAGCUUUCAUUCAGGAUGGUCUGCCUGUGGAGUGGAACCUUUCCAGUCGACGCAGCAGGAAGCCGGGAUGCUCCAAUAUCUUUACGGGAGUAAACAUGCACCAACUGCACAGGCUGUUUAAAACAGCUGGAGACAGAGAUGCGACACAUCGGGCAAAGCUGGUGUGGCAAGGGACGGAUGCACUUAUGGAGGAGGCAGAGAAGAGGGAGAGGGACGGGGAGGAGAGAGAGGACGAGGCGGGACUCGCCCAGGCUUUAGUGGGGCUCAGAGUCCGAGCAAGGAAUAAAGCAGGUUUCAGAGCGGAAGGACAGAGAGAUCACAAGUGGCUCAGAGCGUCAGCAUAUCUCGGGAUUGAGGAGCCAUUAUCGGGCUACAACGUACAGGAUGAGGAGAGUCCGGGUGAAUCCCUGUCGCCCGCUGAGGAAGACAUUCCAGAAAACCCUAAUCCCUUCAAACCCUCCCCAUGGAGGUUGGGUUUGGCAAGGCAGGAUAGUGCCAGAGACUCUGAACGCUACCUUCACCGCAUCCUCCACUGAAAGCUGACUGCAGCUUGAAAUAACACACAGCGCUAGAAGACGCAAUGAAGUCGUGAAACACAUGACUGAUUAUGCAUGAAAGUACACAAUGUAUUUGAGAUUUUAGCCCCUUUCUACUAACACGUACUCCACACGUUAGACCCCAUCACAAAGGCAUACUAAUAAACUCUGGUAAACAUGCCUGGCGAUAAGUCUAACUCUUGUACAGUAGGUAAAUCAAAUACAGUUAUGCUGGCUCCAGAUAAGCACAAUCAACAGAAUGAAUCCAUUUAUGAAUGAACACAGUUUUUUAUCUUCCCUUGACCUCCAUGGCUGUGUCCUUGAGCAAAGGACCUAAACCCCCACCUGCAAGUGGGGGUAAUGGGGACACCAUCAAUCAUUCUCUAUUUUUCGGCUAGUUGGUGGAGGUAGAACUGAGUGGUAUACAGAAAACUGAUGUAUUACCAAUGGUGACCUUGGUUGCAAUUUUUUAAGUAGCUAUGGUGACCUUGGUUGCAAACAGCAGUUUGUCAUGGAACCGAUAUGGAACAAGAUUUAAAUUCCGUUGGUGUGUUCUGUCCACCUGGGGAAUGUGAGAAAAAUGUUCACUCUAUUUUAACUGUUUUAGGUCUCCACAAACUCCCGAGGACAGCAUUUGGCUCCUUAGCUGAUGAAUGCUCCACUUUCUUCACCAGCCAGUCACUGAUGGUGUGUGUUUGUGUGUGUUUGCACGCACAACUCUGCCACAGCUGCAGGGCUGGGAAAAAUCCUGAUGGAACUGUGAGAAUGAACCGCAACAUGGUUCAUUGCCACAGGAAGUGAAACCAAAUCAGAUCAGCUAGAAGGAACCGUGGAGUCGUGUGAACAUUCUCCUUUCACACAAAGUCACUCGAUCCAUUGUUUAUAUAAAAAUAUUGAUUAUAGCAGCUUAAAAGUUGACUGACUGUAAGAAUAACUGUUGGACUGUAACAUUUAUUCUUAAAAUAUCUGUAAUUAUAAGCAGUGUGCAGCAAAAGACAGCAUUUGAAAUCUGGUUGGAUUUUUUUCUAUUUGCGUGGUGUGACUGUGUCUGACUGUAAACCCUUCUCACUCACAAACCCACAAAGUCUUCUGUCUUAAUGGAGUAUGUUUUAAUUAUAAUCUAUCAUUAAAUAUUACAUACAAAUUA